CUUCAGAAGAAAUAACAAACGGCCUUAAGCACUUAUAUGCAUGAUGAUGGCCACUUGUGGAGUUGAAAAACUACCCACCAUUCUGUACAUUCUUGCCCUUGGAUCACUCAUGGUUGCGUAUCUGGUCAUUUGCUACCUUAUUCUCGACCAUAUCGGUGAAAGCGAUGAUGAGGAACCGCCCUUUGCAGCUGAAAGAUUUUCGGGAUUAUCGUAUGAAGAGCUGCAAGAAAUAGGCUGUUUCUAUUAUGGAGCAAGGGAAGAAGAAACCCCACCAUUAUCAUCAAUAAUAUGGUGUGCUAUUUGCCUGGAUAGUCUCAAGGAAGCAGAGCUGUGCAAAAGUUUCCCGGCAGGUUGCAGCCAUGUCUUUCAUGCCCAUUGCAUUGACCCUUGGCUCUUAAAAACACGCACUUGCCCUACCUGCCGGUCUCCAUAUAUCUAUAUUUCCACAACCAAUAAGUUUCUGCCUUGAAUAAUUAAUUUAAGUUCAUAAUUUAUGUAUGAACUAUGAAGUAUGUAUAGAUAUGGCUGGCCAUCUGAUCUACCUAGCUUGAACUAAUAUAGUGUUUAAGAGUUUGUAAAGAGUUUUAAACUUUAAAAUAGUGUCCAGUCUAUUUUCAGGCCUAUGUGCGGGAUAAUAUUUUGGGCUUAUAUUCAAGACAAAUAAUAAAUUAUAUUU